AUGACAGGCCUCGACCCUCAAACCGACACAAUACUAAGCAUAUCCGUCCUCCUCACAGACGCGGACCUCCGCCCAAUCGAACCGCUCGGUCUGACGCUAUACAUCACGCACAGCGAAAUCCAACUGUCGUCCAUGUCCGAAUGGUGCAUCAACACACACACAUCGACAGGCCUCACCAAGAUAUGCGUCGACCCGAGCACCUCGACGACGGCCAUCCUGGCCGCGGCCCAAGUGCUGCACUACAUCCAAACGCACAUCCCGACACCACGCACCGCCCUCCUGGCGGGCAACUCGAUUCACGCCGACCGCUCGUUCCUGAUGGUUCCGCCGUGGAACGCCAUCCUCGCACAUCUGCACUACCGGCUCUUCGACGUGAGUGCCCUGAAGGAGAUGGUGCGACGAUGGGCGCCAGAGGACGUCCUCGCCGCCGCGCCCGUCAAGAUGCUGCGGCAUAGUGCCCGCGAGGAUGUGCUGGAGAGCAUCGACGAGGCACGCUUCUAUAUGGCGUUGGUCAAGUCCGUUGGUGGCGGUGUGCCCGCCACGCCGCUGCCGAGGCCGGUUUUGACGUCCGUGCCGUUCGGUAACGAUGAUGCAGCUUUAUCUGCAUCUGCACCUGCACCUGAACCGGCUCCAUCACUUCUUGAUGUCAGCACCAGCGGAGGCGCUGUCAGUAACAGUACCAGUAGUGACUUGCCGGUGCAAGCGAGAUCUCGGGUCCGGUCUUCGGGAAUGGAUGAGGAGAUGAAGGACGACACGACCGCGCAGGGCUUCCGGACUGACGUUCCUUGA